AUGACAGACCUAACACCAACCUUAAACACCCUUUUGCUCUCCAGAAACGCCCCCUCAAUCCCUCCACCAGCACCACCCACUCCAUCCGAUGAAUUCCUCAAAGAAGCCCACCGCAUCAACUCCCACAUAAACUCCCUAAUAACCUACCUCUCUUCAACACGACAAGCCUACCUCUCAACAACAAAGCGCACAACGGAACCCCUAACCGACGCCCAACGCGACACAAUCGACGCAUCGACCGCGCUGGUCCUGCGGGACCUCGCCUCCUCAAUCGCGAACCUCUCCGACGCAGAGUCUCUGCGCCAAAAGACUUCCACGCAACUCUUACAUAAGAAAUACGGACACUCCGGCACGGGCGCGUUGUUGCGCCGUUGGGCGGGCGGCGGCGAAGAUGAGGGGAAGUCGGAGGAGCAGGUUGACGCGGAGGAGAGGGAGCGGACGCUGGCUACGGUUCGCGAGGGUGUGCUUUGGUUUUUGAGGAGGGGGCUUGAGGUUGUUGCGAGUGUUCAAAAGGGGAUGGUUGAAAAGCGGAUUGAGAGGGUUAGGGAGAAGGAGAAGAGUGUUCUUUAUAAGGCUACCAAGGGAGGUUCGUCGGUCUCAAGCUCUGCUGUGGCUUCGAGGGAGACGGAGCUGGGGAAGGGUCCUGUGGCGGAUUUAAAAGUCGCGCCUGAUACGGCUGUCCUCUCCGAGUCUGAAACCCGCGAAAUCGAACAACUUUCGGCCGAGCAGUUACAGCUUUUUGAGGAGGAGAAUGAUUCUAUGCUCAAGCAUUAUGAGGAUACACUGGGCAAAGUACAAAACGCAGAGAAAUCCCUCCUGGAAAUCUCGUCUUUGCAAGAAACCCUCGUCACGCACCUGUCCACGCAGGAAGAGUACAUUUCGCAACUUGUCAGCGACGUUGAUACGACGGAGGAGAAUGUUGGUCGUGGAAAUCGCGAGUUAAAGCGUGCGACGGAACGGAAGAGUCCGGCGCAGGCUGUUUUUUGGGGCACUGUUGGGCUUUGUACGUCGUUGGUUGUUUGGGAUUUGGUUUUUUGA